GAAUCAUCACCAUCACAAGGGAGAUUUAGCGUGUGUAAGAACUACUUUCCAUUGCUGUUUGGGAAAACUGGCUUCUGGGAAAGACGUCUCCUUGGAAAAAUCGAGGCACGCUUGUUGUGAAUUUCAUGUUUAUUAAGCUUGAUGGGCUUCCGCUCUCUCUCAGCCACAAGAAAGCCGGCAGGACAGGAGGCGGCCCGGGCCCGCUCUAACCCCCCGACGGACCGAGCCCCGCCGGGACCCACCGAGCGCACCGCCCCCCGCCAGCCGCACCAGCCCCCGCCGACCAUGGGUCGGAAGAAGAAGACCCUGCACGAUUACGCGGCGGAGUUCACGGACCUGGGGGUGAAGCGGCAGCUGGGGGAGCCCGGCUUGUCGGGGGACCCCUCGGUGGUGGAGACUCUCUACUGCAAGCCCUGCCAGCUGCCCAUGCGGGUCAGGCGGGAUCGCAUCUUGGAGCACCUCUCCUCGGGGAGGCACUAUCGCAACCGCAGGCUCGUCAAGCAGCCCGGCGCCCGCAACCCCAUCCUCAUAUCCGCAGCCUCAGAAGCGGGUACCAGCCUUCCUGCCCAACCCGAUCCUCCACCUCUGCUUCCUCAGCCCCCGUUGGUUUUCUCACCCUCCUCCUGCAUCACCAGUACCAGCGUGGGCUCCGGCCCCGGGCCGAGCACGGUGCCGUCUCCUCCGUCCUUCCCCCGAUCUCAGCAUCCUGUCCAUCCCGGAGCCAUCAGCUCCACCACCAACGCCCCGCCCACCCGGGAGGACCAGAUACCAUCCACCUCCUCCUCCGCCCACCCGACGGCGUUCUCCGCCUUCCAACCGAAAAGGAUCCCGGGCGCGUCCAGGCUGGCGGACCCGAGGCUCGUUGUUUCGGAAGGGUCCAACGGCGUGGUUUCCAAAGGCGGGGUGGGAUGGGGUGGUGGCCGUGGAGCCCCAGGGAGCGGCGGCCUCGGCCUGGCCCUCUUCGGGGUGGGGUACGGGAGCCCGGCGUUGUUCCGGAGUUUAACGGAAGAGACCUGUUGCCAUCUGCUGUAUAUCGUCGAGGACCAGCUGUGCGAUGUGGAGCGAGCCUUUAACAUGGAACUGCUGGCCAACACGCGAGUUCUGCGGGAGCAGGACGCUGACAUCGUACUCAAUGACCAACGAGUCUCUGGAGUGAUAGUCUGUUUACCCCCCGAAACAGCCUCGGAGGUUGUAAUUGAUGCUUUAAGAGCUGGGAAAGGGGUGUUUUGCGAAAAGCUGCCCGGCUUGGACCGGCAGACGGCCGAGGCCUGUUUCGAAGAAGCCGACAGGUGCGGAAAGCCUCUGGUCUGUGGAUUCUACAAGCGUUUUGAUCCAGCUCUGCAGUUUUUAUACGAGAAAGUCCGCGACAGCCAGGCUCUCGGGAGGAUAUGCCGCGUUUCUGCGGUCAGCAGCCUCUACCCCUCAGCUCCUCUCAGCUUCCUGAAAAAGUCAGGUGGCAUCUUCUAUCACGUCGCCGUACACGAUAUCGAUUUCAUCAGUCUGCUGUUGGGGGAGAGUACCCCAGAUACAAUCUUCUCCCUAGGUCAUGCGUUGUGCGCAGACAUGGCUUCUCUGAAGGAUGCGGAUUCGGUCAUAGUCAGCAUGAAAUUUCCGAGUGGAGCCAUUGUAAGUUUAGACAUCAGUCAGCACUGCACGAAAAGCUGUGAUCAGAGACUGGAGGUCCGUGGUUCCCAAGGAACAUUACGGGUAGAUAAUCAGAACCCCUUGGGGAUCACUGAGCACGGGACCUCUGUCUCGCUCUGCACCCAAAACCAGACCGAUCGGUAUCGGGAAGCUUACAGAGAGCUCCUUCGACAUUUUCUCAGAACCCUGAAAGGGAAGGAGUCGCCGGCCAUCACCAAAGAGCAGGUUCUGUGGGCCAUUCAGGUGGCGGCGGCCGCCGAGCAGUCCUGGUGGAACGGCUCAGCCGUGGACCUGCGCAACGAAGCCGUCGACGCCUCCAUCAUCAAGACGGAGAUCCUGUGAAGAGCGCUGCCACCGACCACCGGGAGCUCUGAGGAACUUUUCCUGCCGGGGGAGCCAGGCCCCGGGUGGGCCUUGGAGGGAAGGAGGGUCUAGAGGCGGGCGGGGGGAUCCCGAGGGCUGUCGUGCUGACCAAAGCCCUCCUCCUCCCUCCUUCCCGAGGGAACGGGGGCCCGCCAGCUGCCUCCCUAAUCUGAGUGUCUCUCAGAGGAAGUAGGUCAGAGGGUCCCUCCGUCUCCCCUGCCACUCCCCGCCCGCCCCGGUCUUCACCGUCCUCAGACGUUAAUUGUGGAUGGAUGGGCAGGACUGGGGGAGCGCUCUGGGUCUGACCGAGCCUGGCACUGCCAGCGGAGCCCGUCAGAGCCUUCUGGGCACACGGCUGGAUUGGCAAGGAUCUGGGCGUCUGAACGUGGUGGUGAGACGCCACAGCCGUUCCCAAGAAAGCUGCUCUGCGCCUCCUCCCCUGCAAUCAGGAAAUAGAAAAUAGCUGCCGGAGAAGCCUCCCAAGGCUCCUGGGCCAGCGAGCCAGAGAGAGUUCUCUCCAGUUGGCGAGAUGGGCCGGCCCUGGGACCGACUCUCUUCGGAAGGGACAGGAAACCUUUUCCUUUCUUCUCAGUGACCGGAAGAUUCAUUACCCGGUAAGUGUACCCGAAAGUACAGUGCCUUCUAAGUUGGACAGAUCUUCCUGAAGCCAAGUGAUUUCUAUGUUCUCUAGUCCUCCACCAAGCUUCUUGCAAACGUUUUUAUAAAGUUGGCUCUUCUUGCCUCUCUCUGUUGGACCCAGUUUUGUUUUUAUAUAUAUGUAUACAUAUAUAUAUAUUUUUUUUCCCCCAAGAAAAAUAUAAGGUUUUUGGCAACGUAUUAAAAAUAUCCCUCUGGAGUCGAAUGUGCUAGUGUAACACUUUUAGGUGACUUUUUUUCUUAAUGAAAGAUUAUUUUAAUUAGACUUGGUUUAUUUGUGAUCCUCUAUAUUUUUAUAUACACAUAUAUAUAUAUAUAUAUAUCAUAUCUAAAUUUAGGGAGAGCUGAGGUAUUUGUGACGAAAUGUGGUUCUUUUGUGGAAUUUGUUUCAAGACCAGUGUGAUUUUCAAAACCCAAAGAGUAGGCUCUCCGUGAGAAAAGUUACUGUCAGAAGACUCUAUUUUCCGAGUCCUUUGUGAGGAUAGUUUACGAGUAAAAUUGUAUGAAGCCAAAGCAUCUGCUCAUUAAAAGAAAGUUGAUUUGUU